AGACCUGAGCUUAAUUAAGGUCAUCGUCACUCCAAGAACUGAAGGCAAUGGCUAUCUUUUUUCUCUGUUUCUCAUGCGUUUUAUUGCUUGUUUCUUUUGUCUUUUUCUUGAGAAAGAUUAAAGAAAAUAAGAGAUGUAGUAAUCUACCUCCGAAUCCUCCACGUCUUCCGAUCAUCGGGAACUUGCACCAACUCGCAGGAUUGCCUCACCGAUGCAUUCAUCAUCUCUCCAUCAAGUACGGACCGGUAGUGCUUCUUCACCUCGGCUCUGUUCCAACAGUUGUCAUCUCCUCGAGUGAAGCAGCUGAACAAGUUCUUAAACUCCACGACCUUGUAUGCUGCAGCCGACCAAAAACGGUCGCCACUGGGAAACUCUCUUACGGUUUUAAAGACAUUGGCCUUGCCCAGUACGGCGAGUAUUGGAGAGAGAUGCGUAAGCUCGUUGUUAUCGAGCUUUUCAGCCUUAAGAAGGUUCGAUCAUUUAGGAAGAUCAGAGAGGAAGAGGUUGGACUUAUGGUGAAGAAAGUGUCGGAAUCUGCUUUGCAACAGUCUCCUGUGGAUCUAAACAAUACCUUUUUCUCUUUAACCGCAAGUAUCAUCUGUAGAGUAGCCUUAGGACAGAACUUCAACGAGAGUGGUUUCUUUAUUGGUAAAGGCAGACUCGAAGAACUUUUGAAUGAGUUAGUGUUAGUUCUUGGUGGUUUCACUUGCUCUGAUCUGUUCCCCUGUGGUGGACUUGGGAGAUUCCUAGAUUGGUUGUUUGGAGGACACAAUAGGAUAAACAAAGUGUUUGAAGAGCUUGAUGCUUUUUACCAGCAUGUAAUUGAUGAUCACUUGAAACAUGAAGCUCAUGCAGGAAAGAAAGCUAUGGAUUCUCAGGCGGAUAUUGCUGCACUCUUGUUAGGUAUGAUGGACAAACAAGGAGACAAAGAUUAUCUCAAGCUCAGCAUUGAUAAUAUCAAGGGAGUCAUCACGGAUAUAUUUAUAGCGGGAGUAGAUACAGGUGCUGUAACCAUGAUAUGGGCAAUGACGGAGCUGGCUAAAAACCCUAGAGUGAUGAGAAAGGCACAAGAAGAGAUCCGAAACACCCUAGGGCUCAAAAAAGAAAGUAUCUCUGAGGAAGACAUUAACAAAGUUGAUUAUUUGAAGCUCAUAAUCAAGGAAACAUUUAGAUUACACCCAGCACUUCCGCUUUUGCUACCAAGGGAAACAAUGUCCCAUGUCAAGAUCAAUGGAUAUGAUAUUCCUCCAAAAACACAAAUCCUACUUAACGUAUGGACCAUCGGACGUGACCCCGGUCGGUGGACCGACCCUGAAGCAUUCAUCCCUGAACAGUUUGCUAAUACUUGCGUAGAUUUCAAAGGACAAAGCUUUGAGCUAUUACCGUUUGGUUCUGGUAGAAGGAUGUGUCCCGGAAUGCCAAUGGCUGUUGCUUCUGUGGAAUUGGGACUGUUGAGUUUGCUUUACUUUUUUGAUUGGAUAUUGCCUGAAGGGAUGAUUAGUGAAGGAGAGAUUGAUAUGAAAGAAGCUGGUAAUCUUACCAUUGUCAAGAAACAACCUCUUCAACUUGUGCCUGUUCUACACCAUUGAUGAGCAUUGUGCUGUCAAAAUAAGCUUGAUUCGGCUUAAUGAGUUAUCGUAUUCAUUUUGUGUAUUCAUAUGUUUUUCACAAUGACAAUAGUUAUUCAUACAUGUAUGUCACAUAUAAUAUGUGUUUGUUUUCCUAA